CGUGCGUCUCCCCGCCAAGACGUGCUGGCGCCUGCGUAGCCUGAGGCUGAGGUGGCAGCCGCCAAGCCAACAUGGAACUGCCGCAGAUGCCGGAGCUGAUGGGUCUGUCGCUGUUGCUCGGGCUGCUGGCCCUGAUGGCGACGGCGGCAGUAGCGCGAGGGUGGCUACGCGCAGAGGAGGAGAUUAGCAGCCGGUCCGCCGGCCAAAAAGCAAAUGGAUUUCCACUUGACAAGUCCUCGAAAUCGAAGAAGCAGAAACAGCAACAGCGUAUUCGCAAGGAGAAGCCUCAGCAACACAACUUCACCCACCGCCUCCUAGCUGCGGCCCUGAAGAGCCACAGUGGGAACAUAUCUUGCAUGGACUUUAGCAGCAAUGGCAAAUACCUGGCCACCUGUGCAGAUGAUCGAACCGUCCGCAUCUGGAGCACAAAGGACUUUCCGCAGCGGGAGCACCGCAGCAUGAGAGCCAAUGUGGAGUUGGACCAUGCCACGCUGGUGCGCUUCAGCCCUGACUGCAGAGCCUUCCUUGUCUGGCUGGCCAAUGGAGAAACCCUCCGUGUCUUCAAGAUGAGCAAGCGAGAGGAUGGCGGAUAUACCUUCACAGCCACCCCAGAGGACUUUCCUAAAAAGCACAAGGCACCUGUCAUCAACAUUGGCAUUGCUGAUACUGGAAAGUUCAUCAUGACUGCUUCCAGUGACACGAUUAUCCUCAUUUGGAAUCUGAAAGGUCAGGUGUUAUCUACCAUUAACACCAACCAGAUGAACAAUACACAUGCUGCUAUAUCUCCUUGUAGCAGGUUUGUGGCCUCAUGUGGCUUUACCCCAGAUGUCAAAGUUUGGGAGGUCUGCUUUGGGAAAAAAGGUGAAUUCCAAGAGGUUGUACGAGCCUUUGAACUGAAGGGCCACUCGGCAGCUGUCCACUUCUUUGCCUUCUCCAAUGACUCCCGAAGGAUGGCCUCUGUCUCCAAGGAUGGUACAUGGAAACUGUGGGACACAGAUGUGGAAUACAAGAAGCAGCAGGACCCCUACUUGCUGAGGACAGGUCGCUUCGAAGAGGCAAGCAGCAUGCCAUGCCGCCUGGCACUCUCCCCUGACGCCCAGGUGUUGGCCUUGGCCAGUGGCAGCAGUAUUCAUCUCUACAACACCCGGAGGGGUGAGAAGGAGGAGUGCUUUGAGCAGGUCCAUGGGGAGUAUAUCACUGACUUGUCCUUUGACAUCACUGGCCGGCUUCUGGCCUCCUGUGGGGACCGGGCAGUGCGGCUGUUUCAUAACACCCCUGGCCACCGGGCAGUGGUAGAGGAAAUGCAGGGCCUCCUGAAGCGGGCCUCCAAUGAGAGCACCCGCCAGAGGCUGCAACAGCAGCUGACCCAGGCCCAGGAAGCCCUGAAGAGCCUGGGUGCCUUGAAGAAAUGACUGUAAGAGGGUGCAGCAGGAAGGAUCUGGCCUGCUGCUGCCACCACUGCUGCUACUUUCCUUCCCAGGUACUCCCCAACUGGAAACCUUUUGAAAGGAGUAUCCUGAUUUUUUUUAACGGUGACCCCUCCUUUUUUCCAUUGAAUCUGUUCUUACCUACUUAGGUCUUUUGCUUCUUGCUGGUUGUGACUCCUGGCCGGCCUUGACCUCCCAGGGUGUUUUUUUCCUGGACCCAAAGGUUGGAAUCUGUCUUCACUGGGCACUGAGGAGAGUGGUAAAUAGAGGAGUUGGGGAACAUGGUCUUUGACCUUGUGGCAGCACACCCUGAUACCCAGAGAAGUUUAAAUCGUGGAGGCAAAAUCUAAAGAAUGCUCAAGUAUUAACCAGCAGUGUUGCAGGGGUGGGAGAUUGGGAUAUCUUACAAAUACAUAACUGUGGUAUGGGUGAGGAAAAGGCUAGUCUGAAUCCGGGUAGAGUAGAUAACACUAUUAAAAAGUAAGGGAUUUCAUUCUGUGCCUCAGUUUUCUUAUUUGUAAAAUGAAGAAUCUUCUUUUGACUUCCUCACAAAGGUGUUUUAGGGAUAUGAGAGUAAAAAGUCCCUAGAUUUGAAAGAAAAGUAGAAAAGAGUAGUAAUACAUGUUAUCUGUUAUCCAAUAUCAUUUGUUGACUACUGGGUAAAAGAGGGCCUCGAACACUAGUCUAAAACUAAAUUAGAAAGGAAAAAACACAUUUGUUGGGAAGGUAAAGUUUCUGGGAUCAUACAUUUCAUAUCUGGUACUGCUUUUAGUUGUGUGGAGGAAUCAGAAUCCCACAAUGAAGUCUUCUCUUUCAGGAAGUUAUAUCCUGUUGGAGGGGACUCCUUUUUAGUCCAUUAAGCAUUUGAGUACCCAGCCUGCCCAGCACAGCUCAAGGCAAGACAUCUCUGCCAUCAAAGAUGGCUGGUAGGAGAGUGGGACACUUGUCUAUUAAGUACUUAAUAUUUACUAUUAAGUACUUUUUGUUAGUUGAUUCAUAGCUGUAGAAGGCUCUUAUAAAAGUCAAAGUAAGAGGAUUGAACCAGGACAGAGGCAGUGGAGAUGAAGAUGAAAUUGAAGGGAUAGAUUUGAUAAGAGAUUAGGUAUUUAGAAGUUUGACUGUUUGGAUUGGAGGGUGGUUUGGAUGUGGGAGGUAAAGGAAAUGAGGAAUCUAGGAAGACUUGAGUCUAGGUAAAAUUUAUUCAUCCAAAAUCAGAUUCUUGUUUCCUUUCUUUAAAACGGGGACCUCCCUUAUUCACCCCAAGUUCACACAUAAAUGUUUGAACAAGCCACAGCCUUAGAGUUAUCCUUAAUUAUUCCCUUUGGUUACUCCCUCUGCCCCAUUACUCUUACUAUCAUCCACUCCACCAAAAAAUUUUGCUUACGCUCCAGAUUGUAUUAUAUCCUGAAUUUGCUGCUUCUCUCCAUUUUUUCUGUUAUCAUCCUAGUCCUAGCCACUGUCUUCUGGGUAAUCUGGUCUCCUUGCUUCUUUUCUUGCUUCAUUAAAUCACUUUCACAUAGCAGAGUGAUCUUCUGAAAAUGUAUACAAGAUCACAUUGCUCCCCAGUUAAAACCCUCCAAAGGCUUCCCAUCACACUUGGAAUAAAAUCCAAAAUGCUCACCGUUGCCCACAGGGUCAUAAGUAAUCUGGCUUCUUCCUUGUGUGUUCUUUUUACCACUCCCAACCACCCCAACCUUGCUGUUCCUCAGCCAAGCCAAGUUACUCCCAGCCUCAAGGGGAACUUCUGCCUAUGCCCUUCCCUCUGCUUGGAAGCAGUUUUCUUUUCUAUUGGCUGAGUUGUCAUGCUUGUCACAAUUCAGGACUCAGUUUCAGUUAACACUUCAGAGAGAUGGUCCCUAACCACCCAAUCUGAAGUAGCCCUUUCCACCAAUCACAUCACAUCCAUCAUAUUACUGCAUUUUAUUUAUUUUAUAUUUCAUAGUGCUAUCCAAAAUUAUAUUGUUUGGAUAUGUUUGCUUCAGGGGUUUCAGUGUAAAUGCUUAUGGAUGUCAAGUGGAUAACGUAAAUGCACGAAUUGGGUAUCUUCUGGGUGUAAGAUGGUAGGGACUGAAGUGAUCUCUAGAGGGCAUGUGUCCUGGGUAAGGGGCAGGGUUGGCUGCUACUUCUUAUUCAGGAAUCCAACAGAAGUUGCCAGUUUCAGAGAAGCUGGAAGUUGGCAGUUUGUUUAUAAAAAGAAAAAAAAUUAAGCACUGUGUGGACGAAACAAAACACUAGUGUGGGCCAGAGGCAGCCCACCAGUUCUCUUAACUGGCAGCUUCUGGAUUGUUCAUUAACCCACUGGAAUGUGAGCUCCACAAAGGCAGAAUCCCUGUCUUUCUGAUUUGCUGUAUCCCAAGCACCAUACCUGGGACAGAAAAAGCCCCCAAGAAAUGAACUCAAACCAGUGCAUUUGACAGGAAGUUCAGUACCCUCUAUGAAUAUCUUCCCACUCUUGCUUUCCACUGUGGUUUUAUGUUCCUAAUAACAGAUUUCAGAUUGGUAAUGCUAUGCACAUGGGUCCUGGUGAAUAUUAGCUUUCUGAUUGCCAGAAGAAGGAGACUAAAACUCCCCCUUGCAUAUCUGCUUGGCAUUGGCAUUCCUCAUUGUGAAGUGUUGAGUUACUGAAGUCAGAAGUCUUCAGUUUUGGUUUCAGCUGGAUCACAGACUGACUUAAGAUCUUGAGCGAUAGACCACUGACUACUCUGAGUUUGUUUCCUUAUAUGUAAAAUGGGAAUAAAUCCUGUCCCUGUGUUUCUGAUGAGCCAAGUGAAA